AUGGAUUUAGUCAAUCAUUUGCCCGAUCGUUUGUUAUUUGCUGUUCCCAAAAAGGGCAGAUUAUAUGAAAAAUGCUGCAGCUUAUUGAGCGGUGCCGAUAUACAGUUUAGAAGAUCUAAUAGAUUGGAUAUUGCCCUUUCCACAAACUUGCCAAUUGCAUUAAUCUUUUUGCCUGCAGCCGAUAUUCCAGUUUUCGUUGGAGAAGGUAAUUGUGACUUGGGUAUAACUGGGUUAGACCAGAUCAAAGAAGCAGACCAAUUCGACAACAUUGAGGAUUUGUUGGAUUUGAAGUUUGGCUCAUGUAAAUUGCAGAUCCAAGUUCCUGCAAAUGGCGAGUACGAAAAACCCGAACAACUCGUUGGAAAGAAGAUUGUAUCCUCCUUUACAAAGUUGAGUACUGACUAUUUCAAGAAAUUAUCCGACAAACCUACGAAUAUUAGAUACGUUGGUGGUUCAGUUGAGGCUUCUUGCGCAUUGGGUGUUGCCGACGCCAUUGUCGAUUUAGUUGAAAGUGGAGAGACCAUGAAAGCUGCUGGAUUAAAGGCGAUCGAAACCAUAUUGGAAACUUCCGCUCAUUUGAUUUCCUCCAAGAAAACCAAAUUUCCAGAAAUGGUCAACAUAAUUGUCCAAAGACUUCAAGGUGUUUUAGCGGCUCAGGAAUAUGUCUUGUGUAACUACAAUGCUCCAAAAUCCAUUCAAUCAAAGUGCUUAACCAUUACUCCAGGUAGAAGGGCAGCCACUGUCUCCACUUUGGAUAAACACAGUGACGACGAAGAUGACUGGGUUGCCAUUUCUUCCAUGGUUAACAGAAAGGAAAUUGGUAAUGUAAUGGAUGAAUUGAAGAAAGCUGGCGCAACAGAUAUAUUGGUGCUCGAGAUAUCAAAUUGUAGAGUUUAA